AUGGCGGGUCCAAAUCCACCAUACUAUACACCGCUGUCUAAACCGCCGGCGGCCGCCACCUCUUACUGGAAAAAGCCUCGCCUAUAUUCAUUGGCGGUUGUAACCAUACUAUGUUCAUUCUCCUAUCUUUUUAGUGCUUGGCAGCACAGCGGUGCCACCACCUCCAUUGUCCGUGCAACCAUCCCUUGCUUUCCUUCUACAAACAUCACUAUAAAAGCCCACUCAUCAUCAUCAUCAUCCACCUCCACCACCAGCACAGAACUAGACUUCGCCACCCACCACUCGGCCGAUGAAAGCGCCGCCGCCGCCACAGUCCCUGAAGAAACUAUCAAGAAGUACCCGCCAUGCGAUAUAAAAUACAGCGAGUACACCCCUUGCGAGGACACCAACAGGUCAUUGAAAUUCGACAGGGACAGGUUGAUAUAUAGAGAAAGACACUGCCCAGAGAAGGAUGAACUUCUCAAGUGCCGUGUACCGGCGCCCCACGGCUACCGGAAUCCAUUCAAAUGGCCGCUCAGCCGUGGUCUGGUGUGGUACGCCAAUGUACCACACAACGAAUUGACUGUGGAGAAGGCCGUACAAAAUUGGAUCAGAUAUGAAGGUGACCGUUUCAGAUUCCCCGGUGGGGGCACCAUGUUCCCUAAUGGUGCCGGUGCAUAUAUUGACGAUAUUGGCAAGUUGAUCAAUCUCAACGAUGGCUCCAUCAGAACCGCCAUUGAUACUGGUUGUGGGGGAGCUUAUCUUUUGUCAAGAAAUAUUGUUGCAAUGUCAUUUGCACCGAGAGAUACACAUGAAGCACAGGUACAAUUUGCUUUAGAGCGAGGAGUUCCUGCUUUGAUUGGUGUUAUUGCAUCCAAGAGGCUCCCCUAUCCAUCUAGAGCGUUUGAUAUGGCCCACUGUUCUCGUUGCCUCAUUCCAUGGGGUCAAUAUGAUGGCACCUACUUGAUGGAAGUUGAUAGAGUUUUAAGGCCAGGUGGCUACUGGAUUCUCUCCGGUCCACCAAUCAACUGGAAGAACCACUGGAAAGGGUGGCAGAGAACGGUGGAGGAUUUGAAUGCAGAACAAAUGCAAAUAGAGAAUAUAACAAAAAGCAUAUGCUGGAAAAAACUGGUUGAGAAGGGUGAUAUAGCUAUAUGGCAGAAACCAACCAAUCAUUUGCACUGCAAAAAGUUCCACAAGACAGUAAAAAAUCCUCCAUUCUGCCCUGCCCAGGAUCCAGAUAAAGCUUGGUAUACAGAUUUAGAAACUUGUUUAACUCCCUUGCCUGAAGUUUCCAACAAUGAAGAAGUUGCUGGUGGGGAAUUGGAAAAAUGGCCUAAGAGAUUAAAUGCAGUACCUCCCCGGAUUACUAGGGGGACGGUAAAUGGUGUCACUCUGGAAACUUUUCAGCAAAACUCGCAUCUAUGGAGAGGAAGAAUAUCGUAUUACAAGACCGUUAAUAACCAACUUGAACAAGUGGGAAGGUAUCGCAAUAUACUUGACAUGAAUGCGUACCUUGGUGGAUUUGCGGCUAUUUUGACUGAAGAUCCACUUUGGGUUAUGAACAUAGUACCUGUUGAGGCUAAGGUUAACACACUUGGUGUCAUCUAUGAACGAGGAUUGAUUGGAACUUAUCACAGCUGGUGUGAAGCAAUGUCAACUUACCCUAGAACAUAUGACCUAAUUCAUGCUGACUCGGUGUUUACUCUAUACAAGAAUAGAUGUGAAAUGGAAGAUAUUAUGUUAGAAAUGGAUCGGAUUUUACGACCAGAAGGAAGUUUGAUUAUCCGAGACGACGUAGAUAUGUUGGUGAAAGUCAAGAGGAUUGCAGAUGGAUUGAAUUGGGAAACUUCUGUGGCAUUUUCUUGUUCUUCGACGAGUUCGAUCAUUUCUAUCUAUGUAGAUUUAUAG